UUAGUAUACCAAGGACAAUAUCUCUUUUCAAGUCGCUGUGAGUACUGGAUUGGUUCCAUCAGUUCUUCUUUUUUCAAUUAAGAUUCUAUUCCAAGCUUCCCCCACCAAUUUGCUUUAUAAAGACAUGCUCAGCAUACCCUUUGGUUUGUGAGAAAUGCAUUAUACAAGGAGAAAGAGAUAGCAGGCUAGCCUACGUCCUGAAAGAGAGCAAAGAACAAUUGUUAGGAAGUUCAUCACCAUCACUGGCCAUCACCACCACCACCACCACCACCUUCAUCAUCUCACUCACCAAACUAGGAAUUUAGGCAAACAUACAGAGAAGUUACCAGGCUUCAAGUGGAUCAGAGGUAAGGUUGGUUCAAGAGAAAGAGGCAGACAUCCAGCUGAUCCAGAGUAGAGAGAAGAAUAGAAUGAUGUACCAUCAUCAUCACCACCAGCACCAACACCAGGCAAAGAACAUCCAUUCCUCUUCUUCAAGCAGGAUGGCCAUCCCUCCUGAAAGGCAUCUGUUUCUGCAGCCGGAAACUUGCCCUGAAGAUUCAGGACUAGUCCUUUCAACUGAUGCCAAGCCAAGACUCAAAUGGACGCCUGAUCUCCACGAGCGCUUCAUAGAAGCAGUAAACCAGCUGGGAGGAGCAGAGAAGGCUACUCCAAAAACAGUAAUGAAACUUAUGGGGAUUCCAGGGCUUACAUUAUACCACCUAAAGAGUCAUCUCCAGAAGUAUAGGCUCAGCAAGAAUCUGCACGUACAUGCUAAUAGUGGCACCACAAACAAAAUUGUUGCAGCUGCAGUGCCAGGAGAAAGAAUAUCUGAAGUAAAUGGAACUCAUAUGAACAGUAUGAACAUCGGACCACAGUCAAAUAAAGGCUUACAUAUAAAUGAAACACUACAAAUGCAAAUUGAAGUGCAGAGAAGGCUACAUGAGCAGCUUGAGGUACAGCGACACUUACAACUUCGUAUCGAAGCUCAAGGAAAAUACCUACAGUCGGUGCUGGAGAAAGCCCAGGAGACACUAGGAAGACAGAACUUAGGUACAGUGGGACUUGAAGCUGCGAAAGUUCAACUCUCUGAACUGGUAUCCAAAGUCUCCACCCAAUGCUUGAACUCUGCAUUUACAGAGCUAAAAGAAGUACAGGGAUCGUGCCCCCAAAACCAGCCCACCGAUUGCUCUGUGGACAGCUGCCUCACCUCCUGUGAAGGAUCUAAAAAGGAUCAGGAGAUACAAAACAAUAGCAGGAUGGGGCUAAGAGCUUAUAAUAGCAGCAGGGUACUAAUGGAAUCUGAAGAGACCAUUCUACAUCUGAAAGAGAAUAACAUGUUUGUUUCCACUCUAAGCAAGAAUGCAGACCAAAGAAUGUUUCCUUCAGAAGCAAGGUCUGGUGACUUGUCUAUGAGCAUCGGACUUGAACGAGAAAAAUGGAACCGUAGCAACUGCAACUCCGAGGAAAGAUUCAAAGCAAGAAACACAGAUGACAGCUUUCUAGAGCAUACAAACAACAAGGCAGAUUCAGUUAAAGUAGAUCAGACUCAGAAAGUUUCUCAAGGAUAUAGCGUGCCAUACUUUGCAGCAAAACUGGACCUAAAUUCUCAUGAUGAUAUUGAUGCUUCUUCAAGUUGCAAACAGUUUGACUUGAAUGGUUUUAGCUGGAGCUAACAGGGUUUACCUUAAGUGAAGGGGAUAAUUGCUGCAAAAGAAUAGCAUGUUGUUCUCUUCUUCUCGCAGUUGAAGCUCAAUGGAAUAAGUUGCAGGACGAAAGACAGAAUGCAUUUAUAACCAACUGCAUAGCGAGUAUUUAAUAUAUAUGAAUGAGUUCCAGGAUUGCAAACAGGAAUGUAUUCAUCGCAACAUCACUACUCAUUUUUCAAAGAGGGGCUUAUGCACACAUUUAAAUAAAAACAUUGCCCAUCAACUGACGCAGUCGG